GCUCUCGUCGCUUCACGCGAGAUUUGCUGGCGUUGUUUGGGCGAGAGCCGACGACGAUACCGUUGUCUGGAAAAUUGUCUCGUGUCUGAAGCACAUAUUUGAUAUUAACUAUUUCUGCUUUCCUUGCCGUAUAGUAGAGAUACAGUUGUGAAAUCGCCACUGCAGCGCUUCUGAAAUUGGCCGUACAGGAUAUGGCGGAGUUGAACGGUAGCUCUGUCCUAUUAAAGGAAGAAGAAGAGCCCAUGGAAACCUCUGCUCCACACACCGAGAACUACCAGACCCUAAUCGAUGCUGGGCUGCCCCAGAAAGUGGCUGAGAGUUUAGACAAUAUCUUCCAAACAGGUUUGGUGGCCUAUGAGGAUCUGGAUGAGAGGGCCAUUGAUGCUUUGAGGGAGUUCAAUGAAGAAGGUGCCCUGACUGUACUUCAGCAGUUCAGAGAGAGUGACCUCUCACACGUGCAGAACAAAAGUGCUUUCCUUUGUGGAGUUAUGAAGACGUACAGACAAAGGGAAAAACAGGGGAGCAAAGUACAAGAAUCCACUAAGGGCCCAGACGAAACCAAAAUAAAGGCCCUUUUGGACAGGACUGGUUACACAUUGGAUGUAACCACAGGACAGAGAAAAUAUGGAGGGCCUCCUCCCGAGGAAGUGUUCACGGGCUCACAACCUGGGAUUGGGACUGAGGUUUUUGUCGGUAAAAUCCCACGGGACCUGUAUGAGGAUGAGCUGGUGCCCCUUUUUGAGUCAGCUGGUCCAAUCUGGGACCUUAGGUUAAUGAUGGACCCUUUAUCUGGACAGAAUAGAGGUUAUGCCUUUAUCACUUAUUGCAACAAGGAUGAUGCCCAAAAGGCUGUGAAGCUUUGUGAUAAUCAUGAAAUCCGUCCAGGUAAAUACUUGGGAGUGUGUAUAUCUGUUGCGAACAAUCGUCUGUUUGUAGGAUCAAUCCCAAAGAACAAGACCAGAGAAAGUAUUUUAGAGGACUUUGGCAAAGUGACAGAGGGUCUCCAAGAAGUGAUAUUGUAUCACCAACCGGAUGACAAAAAGAAGAAUCGUGGUUUUUGCUUCCUUGAGUAUGAAGACCACAAGUCCGCAGCGCAGGCCCGCCGUCGGCUAAUGAGUGGAAAAGUGAAAGUUUGGGGAAACCCAGUGACCGUGGAGUGGGCUGAUCCUGUCGCUGAGCCCGAUCCUGAGGUUAUGGCAAAAGUAAAGGUGCUCUUUGUGAGGAAGCUGGCAUCAGCUGUGACUGAGGAGCUUCUAGAAAAGACCUUUUCCCAAUUUGGGAAGUUGGAGCGAGUGAAGAAACUGAAGGAUUAUGCUUUUGUUCAUUUUGAAGAGAGGGAUGCGGCUGUAAAGGCCAUGGAUGAGAUGAACGGGCAGGAGCUGGGGGGAGAAGAAAUCGAGAUUGUCCUGGCAAAGCCCCCAGACAAGAAGAGGAAAGAACGCCAAGCAGCUCGUCAGACGAGGAAUGCAGGGUAUGAUGACUACUAUUACUACCCACCCCCACGUAUGCCCCCUCCAGGCCGAGGAAGGGGCCGUGGGGCUCGGGGCGGCUAUGCCUAUCCCCCUGAUUACUACGGAUAUGACGACUACUAUGAUGAUUACUAUGGCUACGACUAUCAUGACUACCGCGGGGGGUAUGAAGACCCUUACUACGGCUACGAUGACAUGUACAGCAUGAGGGGCCGUGGUACCCGUCCCGCUCGAGGAGGCCCUCCCCCUCCCCGAGCUCGCGGUGCUCCUCCUGCCAGAGGCCGUGGGGGCUAUGCCCAGAGAGGACCACCCCUGGCUGGUCCGCGUGGUGCCCGAGGGGGGCGUGGGGCUCCUUUCCAGCCACAGCGUGGCCGUGGUCCUCGCGGAGCCCGGGGCAAUCGCGGUGGCAACGUGGGCGGAAAGAGGAAGGCCGAUGUGUUUAACCAGCCUGACUCCAAGCGCCGCCAGACCAACAACCAACAGAACUGGGGGUCCCAGCCCAUCGCGCAGCAGCCCCUGCAGCAGGGGGCCGACUAUUCCGGUGGAGAAGCAUUGAGAGCCACUGCGCUAGAGUGAGGAACUCAGCUGACAGUACUCCAGGGUGAGCUCGCCUUGCACAGAGUACUGUCCUCUCCUGUAACUGCAGCUGUCAACACUAGCAUUACUCACAAACCAACUUCAUCUAAAGAGAAGCAUUUAGUGUUACACGGGGUUCAAAUUCCCCAAAUCAUUAAGUUUGGAUUUAAAAUGAAAAUCAAAAUGGGUAGUUUGGUCUACAUAUUUCAAUAGGCAAACUGCCCAUCAUUUAACACUGCAUAAACCACAAUCACCUGUUGGCCUUGGCCUGGCACAUCCCAUUCUCCACAUCUUUAGUGAGGUGGGCGGUGUUCAGUUCCGUCUUUUAGCACUAGGGGCAGCAGUUCCACCGCAGCAUCUGGGUCUUUGUUUGAAUUUCUGCCACUUGUGGUGGCAGAGGGUCUGCAGUUAAAAAUAUGGUGAAAAUUAUGGCAGAUAAAACAAUGUUGCAGGAUUAUUCUAGAUCUAUUGCGAUCUAAUAGGUAAAAAUGGGCCAGUUAAUAUUGAAAUUGGCUCUUAAUAGAACAAUGGGAUGUGCAACAUUUAAUGCAUUAAUGCAUUGACGCCACCAGAUGGCAGUAAAGUCUUCCUCAUUCAUAAUGUUGUUCAGCAGGAACUAGAAGAGCUGCUCAGUCCCAGUGUCAGAGUCCAUACAUGAGGACCAACCAGUGGAUUCAAGGCAGAACAAUGGUUCGAGGAGCAAACUUUCAUCCAUGAAAAACAGGCCAACUGAGGACUGUUCAAACCAGUUUAGUUUGAAACCUGUGCUCUGUUUCUCCAUGCUGAAAGCGGAUCUGCUGAAGUGAAGACCACGAGACGUUUCUGUGCAAUGUAUAAAUGUUUUUACAUUUUUGUAUAUUUAUCCUUAACUAUUUAUAAACUUUUUAUAAUGUCAUCUUAAUACA